ACACUGCUAUGAGGAUACCUGUUAGCAAUGACUGAUGUGGAAUCUACAUAUGCAGAUUUCAUUGCUUCAGGAAGAACUGGGAGAAGAAAUGCUCUUCAUGAUAUACUUGUGUCUUCAACAAGUGGGAAUUCUAGUGAACUAUCCCUGAAGUUAUCGGAACUUGAUAUAAAUAAAACUGAAGGAGAAGAAGAUGCACAGAGAAAUCCCACUGAACAAACCGGGGAAGCCCAGGAGGAAGCAGCAAAAAAAGAAAGCUGAUGUUUUAAUUUGACUGACAGUGACAACUGUAGGAUAUUUUCCAACUGCAAAAGCCUGUCAGAAAAAAAAAAUUGCAUCUUGUGAGCAAGCCAGUUGAACAAAAGAUAAAAUUAAAAUGGAUGGAUCUCAUUACCAAAACCUGCACAAUCCAGUACAAAAAGGGGGAAUGCAGGUGGUAGCAGUAGACAGAACUUUUUCUACCUUUGUUAGCAAUGGUUGAGACUUUGUUGCAGUUCAGGAGACUGUUGACAGAUGGAUCUCAUUACAAAUGCCCACAGUGAAAUGUCCAUACAAAGUAAAAUGAUCUAGAUCUUGUAGCAAAUGGCAUUCAGCUCAUCAGAGGCUUGAAUUGGGUUGUAUCACAAUGGCUUCAGUGAUCUUCAGAAGUUCUCUGACUAGAGUAUUCACCUAUUUUAAAAGAAAUCACUUGUAAAGGAAGCACUGUUUGUUUUUAAAGAACUCUGCUUCUGUUUUCAGCCACAUUACUUACAAUGUUUUAUAUUGUACAAUUUAGAUGCUCCACACUGCCCUUUCUCAAAAUGCUUAUGAAAGCAACUGUGACUAUGAAUUUUUCUACAACUUGUUUUGAAAGGGCUAGGGUUUUGUUUUUCUUUUCUGCAUAGUGUGUUGUGUACACAUGAUCAUCAAAUCAAUUGCUAAACUGAUGAAAUUGCUAAUUUAAUUACUAAUCAGCAUUCUUUCAUUUACAAGAUAAACCUUUAACAUAAGUAAUGUACAGUCAGGUGUGUCUUGUGUUUCCUCAGUACAGUUCUUUGCUUGUGGAUAGUUGGAAAUCCAAGAUUCAUAUAGAAUCUUUAAUUCUUUAAGGAGUAUUUCUGUUGUUGUUCAAACAACUAUCUAUGUUACUGCUAAAGUAUAAUAGUAAGCACAGUAUAUAUUAAAAGAUGAGCUCAUAGUUGGUGAGAGGUAAGAGGAAUUUGCUCAUAGCUGGUGAGAGGUAAAAACUCCCACACUUUGGUAAAGACCUAUUUCCUAAAAUGAAGAAAAAUUUAUUACAGCUUUUAGAAUUGGAGUCUUCUCACUUUUCAAUCAAUAUUAAAGUGAAAAGUUAUUUUUGUUGUGGCAAUCAAAUGGAUAUCAAUCACAAUUUGUCCCAUGCCCUAAUGUUUGUUUCUUUAUUUAAAAAGUGGACUUAUUUUCAACUUUGUUUCAGAUGUCAUGCACUUUUCAAAUACUUGUAAUUUUACUAAAAUAUUAGUGUAACUUUGCUUUUUAGUAAAUCUAAACAUUGGUUAACAAAACAUC